AUGAGGACUUACAGAGAUGUCGACGAACGAGGGCUCCGGGCCCGGGCGCCCAUUAUUUCUUCGAUGACAAUGCGUCGCAGAAAGUCAACAAAAGAUUUCCAAGGCCGUGCAAUAAUUUGUUUGCCAAAGAAGCAUGUUGAAAUCGUUAGCUUGAUACCCUCUCCAGAAGAGCGCGACUUCUAUGCAGCCUUGCAUGACCGCACCAAGACCCAGUUUAAUACAUCUGUCAGAGAAGGCAAAGUCAUGAAGAACUACGCAUCUAUUCUUGAAUUGCUGCUCAGGUUGCGCCAAGCUUGCGAUCAUCCGUACCUGGUAUUCGCUGCAGCGCCCAGUAAGGAUUCAGUCGUCAUGAAGGACAGGGACAAACUUUUCAAACAAUUUUUGCAAGCAGGGUCCUCAUCCCAAUUUGUUGAGAAGAUAUAUAACGACGCUGAGUCUGGCACACUGCAGAGGUCUAAGGAGUGUCCACUUUGCUUGGAUGUGAUUGAUGAUGCUGUUGCACCGAGAGAAUGCGGCCAUCCGGCUUGUAGAAGUUGCUUGUUAGAAUGCGUGCAGCGGACCAGGAGGUGCCCUGUCUGCAGAGCUGACAUUACCUUCGAGAGCAUUGCUACGCUGCCAAGGGCUACUAGAUUUUCAGUGGAUCUCAAGACGAGAUGGAGAUCCAGCGCUAAAGUAGACGCGUUACUGAAGGACCUUGCCGAAAUACAAACUCUCCGAAAACAGAAUGGUGCUGAGGGAGUCGGAAAGACAGUCGUUUUCUCUCAAUUUACGAGCAUGCUAGAUCUCGUCUGGAUGGCUCUCGACAGAGCGAAAAUUAAGUCUCUCCGUAUCGAUGGAUCUGUUCCUCAAGCUCAGAGAGCAACAAUUUUGGAGCGUUUUGAGAACGAGAAAGAGUUAUCAUUGCCCACUUCAAAUGUCUUGCUUGUAUUCCUUCGGGCGGGCGGCGUUGGUCUAAACCUUUGUGCUGCAUCAUGUGCCAUCCUCUUAGAUAUUCACUGGAACCCUCAAGUCGAUGCGCAAGCACAGGAUCGUGUGCAUAGGCACGGGCAAACCAGAGAUGUGGUCAUCAAGAGGUAUAUCGUGAAUGGGUCGGUGGAGGAACAACUCCUAAAAGUACAAAAAAGGAAGCAGGAUAUCGCAGAUGGAGCCCUCGGAGCAGCUACCAAGAAAGACAAGAAGCAGGCUGGGUUGACCGAGCUCAAGCUUUUAUUCGCCGAGGCCUAA